AUGACAAAACGUACUCCCGGAAAGGCUGUCCCACGCGGCACGAGAAACAUCUACGCCAAAUUCAACAUUGGUCUUGCGGAAUUCGAACGCCAGGAAAUUCUCUUGAAUUUUCUCCGAAUAAGCUACGUGCCUGAGCUCAAUGAAUUUCUCGACGAUGGUGGAGAUAGCACUAUGUUUUUUCGGAGUCCACUACGCGCUAGAGCCUUCAAAGCAAAACUAUUGGAUAGGCUCCAUGAGCUUCCAGCUGAUAUAAGAGCCUGUGCGCCCGACGAUGAGACCUGUGUUAAAUAUUUAUGGGAAAUUCUCAUAGAGCAUCGGAACUUCAAGGAGAAUGCAGUAUGGUUAAACCAUGCGACUAUUAAUCCCGAUGGCUCAUAUGUUACUUUCAGUCGUGCUCGACCUGCUGGCCCUGCUGCUCCCCUCCCCGCUGUUGUACCUGGUCCUCCAAUUGUCCCUGUCGGCCCAGUCGUCCCUGGUGGUCCCGGGUCUGGAUUCAUCCCUGCUUUCGCCCCUCCGCCUCCCCCACCUAUUCCUGCUCCCGCAGUUGGUCCUACUUCCCCCGAGGUCGUCGAUUUUGAAGGUGUUAGUGAGAGAGCUCCCAGUCCCGAUCUUGGUACGGAAUUUUUAUCUACAGAUGUUCGUCCAGAACUCCCUGGACUUCCUGCCAUCUCAGAUCUUUCGCCAGGUUCCAGGCAUACUGAUCUUCCUGUUCGUCCAGAACUCCCUGGACUUCCUGCCAUCUCAGAUCUUUCGCCAGGUUCCAGGCAUACUGAUCUUCCUGUUCGUCCAGAACUCCCUGGGCUUCCUGCCAUCUCCGAUCUUUCGCCAGGCUCUAGGCAUACUGAUCUUCCUGUACGUCCAGAACUCCCUGGGCUUCCUGCCAUCUCAGAUCUUUCGCCAGGCUCUAGGCAUACUAAUCUUCCUAUUCGUGAAAAGAACCCCGAUUCACCAGCUUCACUGGACCUAGAAGAUCCCAUUUUGGGCACCGCCUCCCCCACUCUGGAGGCUGGUGAUCUAUUUGACCAGUUCAUAAACUAUGAUGCUGAUACUGAUUCACAGUCGUCCAAGAAGAGAGCGAAUACCACCGAGGCUGAAAAGGGUGGAGUUGUCCCAGAUAAGAAGACUCGCAAGCGUUCUAGAGAUGACGAGGAGGAGGAGCUUCCCAAACCCACGAAGAGAACUAAGCGGCCCCGACAGAAUAUCAAGCGUCCCCGGACAAAGAAUACUAAGAAAUCCCGAACCAAAAAGGUUUAG